CGGGGGUGAAUUACAAUGAGUGGGGGAGAUAAGGGAUGUUGGAAUUUCCUCUUCGUGAGGCAAGGUGCCUGUGUGAGGAGCUCUUAUUUCUCAGUAUGUACGCCAGUAUGGAGCCAGUGUGUGCCCCUGGCAGGCUGGCAUGAAAGGAGAGGGGGGAAGUGCUGGGGGAUCAGUCCGAAAGGGAGACAUGGGAAAGUGAGCCCUGCUACCCCCUGUCUGUCUGGUGCAGCCUACCUCCUGAGCUGUGGCUUCCCUCCCCGGCCGGCCCAUGGGGACGUGAGUGUGACGGACCUGCACCCUGGGGGCACUGCCACCUUUCACUGUGAUUCGGGCUACCAGCUACAGGGAGAGGAGACCCUCAUCUGCCUCAAUGGCACCCGGCCAUCCUGGAAUGGCGAAACCCCCAGCUGCAUGGCAUCCUGUGGUGGCACCAUCCACAAUGCCACACUGGGCCGCAUCGUGUCCCCAGAGCCUGGGGGAGCUGUAGGGCCCAACCUCACCUGCCGUUGGGUCAUUGAAGCAGCUGAGGGGCGCCGGCUGCACCUGCACUUCGAGAGGGUCUCGCUGGAUGAGGACAAUGACCGGUGAGGGUCUGGGUCUCGGGUGAGAAGUCCCC